AUCCAAAAGUCACGGCACUGCGCAGGCGUUUAAAUUGAGCGCUUGGUUUGAUCAGAGAACCGAUUUUGUGAAAGAAUACUGUCAUGGAUUUGAAGAAGAAGAGAAGACGGUCUUUAAGAAUUAGUCAUGAUUUGGAAGUAUGUGGAGAUAAUUACGGAAGUGUAUGGAAAGAACCAUCGCCCGAGUCUCAUCUUGUAGCUGAGCUGAAAGAAAAGAGACGUAGAAAAUCAAAAAUAUUUAACUCUGAGGAGCUUGUGCAGUUUCAAGCUUCAGAAACACCAGUUAGACCAUCUGAUGAAUGUAAUGUGAACUUUUUAAAAGUAGGCACCCCUACUACUUCACUUUCAGACGUGGAGGUUGCAAGAUGUCCUGACAGUAGCCUUAGUCAUCAGGAAAAUCUUUGGAUCACCCCCGUCAACAUCACAGAGGAUGUGUCGGAUCUCUCCAGUAGGUUUUCAGGUGUUGAUGACAAAGCAAAGAGAAACAUGGAUCCUUUGUCUUCAUUCUUUCCAGAUGUUUAUUCAACUCCUGUAGCCACAGCGCAUUUGUCAGAUUCCUUGCCAUACUCGCCAUCUCAACCCAUACUAUCAGAUAUCUCUCAGCCUUCAGUAACCAAAUAUCUUGGAAGCCCCAAUUCUCCAGACCCUGAUUUAGAAUUUUUCACCCCCAUGUCACAGAUGAAAUCAAGACUGUUACCAAAUGACAACCAAAUAUCAAAGUUAAAACCAAAACAAUUGGCUACUGAAUAUCUUGAUCUACACAAAAAUUCUAGUGAUGACAAAUAUCCAGCUGGUGUAAGAGACUCCACUAAAGCAUUAAUCAAGGUCUGUAAAUCUGUUGGAAAAAGGUCAGUUUUGAAGACGGCAACAUCAUCAGGGAAGAGUGAAAAUUGUGCUUUCAUGGAUGGAUAUGAAAGGAAGGGGGAAAGCAAUAAAGCCGAUCUAUCAGCAGAUCUAAGUACUGUAAUAGGAGGCACAAUUUUAAAAAUCUCUGAACCACUGCUGGAAACUUAUGAAUCUUGUGCUAAACUCAACUCAUCUAAUAGUGUAAUGUUUCAGGCAGAAGAUAUUGAAGAAGUGAAAUCUUUCUGCAAAUACAAGGAUAAAAACAGAGAUUUUGAAACAGUUGAUCCUAGUAGUAUGAAUAUGACACCAGAUGCACAUUCUUCUGAGGUAGAUGUAAAAUCAUCUCGAGUAAAUCAUGACACUGAAAACACUGGGCCAUCACAGAUUAUGAAAAUCAAGGCUAAAGAUGUAGGUGUUCAGAAGAAAAUGGUGAAACGAGGAAAUUGUGUAAAAGUAACUACUGCACCACGGUUGAAGGUAGGAAAAAGAGGGAAACCAAUAAAGGUUUCAUCAGACUGUGUACCGGCUUCUAAGGCAAAUACAGAAGUUUUGAAAAAAGAUAAAAUGGAAGAAAGUGAAUGCAAUACUGAUGUAAAUUUACCAGUCAUGAAUGACUAUUCUACCGAGAAUGAGAUGCAGAAAAUAAACAUAGACAACAACUCUGUUAAUCAAAGUCAGAAUAUUGAAAUAGAAGAGAAACAGCCAACAUGCAAUGAAUCUGAGACAAUAGAAGUUCAUGAUCCAGCUGUUGUAGACAGUAGUGUAACCAAAAGGAAGAGAGGGCGUCCUAAAAAGUCCUCAUUAGGUAGCCAGUCGUAUACUUCACUGGAGCCUGGUUCUUCUCAAGACACUGGGGGAAUUUCUCCGACUGUUACAGAUGAUGUAACGGAGUGUAGAAGUCUGCUUCAGGAAGAGUCAGUUGUUAAAGAGAAGUCAAGAAGGUUACGCAGAAGUUCAUUUGAAAUCUACAAAGUUUUCAAGGAAGAGGUAAAUGAGAAAGUGGCAGAAGAAAACCAAGAUUCUGGAAAUGUCCUGCAAUAUUGCAAUGGUAAAUUAGCACCAGUCAGUGCUCCACGAAAAAGAAAGAAGUCCAAUACAGAAGAAGACAUUGCAAAAAUCUACACAUCUAAAGACUAUGUACCUCUUCCAACUAAAGCUCUGGAGACAAUAUCUGAAUCGCCCAUAAUUUCAAAAAAAGCCAGAAAAUUGAAAAGACUUAUUGAGUUUGGGAGUUUUUAUCAUAUACCAUCUAUAAAGCAAAAGAAACGACAACAAAAAGCAGCUAAAAUGGGAUGGGAUGCAAGAAAGGUACGGAAAAAUAAAAUACCAGAUGACGUUGCACAGCAAAAGUUGCAGAGUAUUUGGGAAGAUUUGGAAAAAGAUUGAUAAAAACACUUAGGACCUCAGAAACUGAGAAAGAUGCAAUGUCUUAGUUAUACAGAUACAAUGUUGAUUAUCUCCUACCCGUGAACAUUACGAUUUUUGAUUUUCUCAUGUCUGUAGGGAUCCUAUGUCAUUUAUGUCUUGUCUGUCUCCUACCCAUAUGCAUGUAUAUCCUACCUGUAUUAACAUACAGUGCCCGACUGUCAAUGUAUUAUCUUCUUAUCUCCUACUUUGUCAAGAUGUCUUAUUAUCUCCUACUUUGUCAAGAUGUGUCCUAUCUGUAAAAAUACAAUGCAAGUGAUGUCCUUUCUGUAAAGAAUAUUCUUUCCGUAAAAAUGCAAUGUCAAUUCUAUCCUAAUUCAAGAAGUCAGUUGUCUGAAACUUGUCUCCUAUAUGUAAAGAUACAUUAUCCGUCACCUCCUAUCCAUAAGCUUUGAUACUGGGAAAUAUCCGAUCAGUAAAGAACACAUUUGAUCUAUCUUGAAUUAGUAGAGUACACAGCAGAGUGUUAUACAGGUGCAUACUAGUAUUAAUCAAUUGUUAGAUGUUACCUUUAUGUAUAGUGAGAGAUCAUUCAUGCUGCUGUUACCCUGUUACAGUUUCAGGAGAUCAGUCCUUUAUUUAAGUCAAACAAUGUAUGAACAACUGCAGCACAUAAUCUGGUUUGGAAGAAAAUGAUGUAGGCUGGAUAUUUUACAUAGAUGUACUUUUAUUGUGUAUUAAUGUUCCCAUUUUUGGGUGUCAUUUGUAACAUUUUAAAAUGUUGCCUUGGCUUGUAACAGUAGUUGCAUGUUUUAUGAAAUCUGUUGCCGAGUGUCUUUAGAAAUGGUGUUGUGUAAACUUGUCUUGACCAUGAAUAAUAAAGUUAUGAAACGCA